ACGCCUAAGGCCACUUUCCCACACUUCUCUUUCUGAGAAAAAAAAAAGAAAAGAAAAAGAGAGGGUGCCCCGCCAUUAAAGCUCCCAUUUUUAUUUCCCCCUUUCUUUUAUGAAUACACCAUGAAGAAACACCUUUUCUUAAUCUAAAGCUUACCGUUUUUAUUCCUUUUUUCCUUAAACUCGACUAACCCAUUAUUAUUCAUAAACUACACCCACAUUUUUCUCUUAUCCUACACCCUUCUUUCAGUUUUCUUUUGAGUAGUUUAUGGCAUUAGAUAUGCAGUUUUAGUUUGGAGUUGGCGAAGUUUGGUUGCUUCAAAAAAACUGAGAACAUAUAGUUCUAUAUAGAUGGCCUGGACUGUAAAAGAUGUAAAUGAAAGAGACAAGGACCUGGUUGUAGAAAAUGGUUUUGUAAAAGAACCAAAGUCCUCUCCUGGUUCAAGUGUUUCAACAGCUGAUGUGAUUCCAUCACAAAAGGCAUUAGAAGGGAAAGAUUCUCUUUCUUAUGCUAACAUUCUUCGGUCCCGUAACAAAUUUGCCGACGCUCUUGCUAUAUAUAACGAUGUCUUGGAGAAAGAUAGUGGGUGCAUUGAAGCUCACAUUGGUAAAGGAAUAUGCCUGCAAAUGCAGAACAUGGGAGGGCCGGCUUUUGAGAGCUUUUCAGAAGCCAUUAAGUUGGACCCUCAGAAUGCUUGUGCUCUUACUCAUUGUGGUAUACUGUACAAAGAUGAAGGUCGUUUGGUAGAUGCAGCUGAGUCUUAUCAAAAAGCUCUGAGUGCAGACCCUUCAUACAAACCAGCUGCGGAAUGCUUAGCCAUUGUUUUAACUGAUCUUGGAACUAGCUUAAAGCUAGCUGGCAAUACACAGGAGGGAAUCCAGAAGUAUUAUGAAGCUCUUAAAAUAGAUUCGCACUAUGCUCCUGCAUAUUAUAACCUCGGUGUUGUCUAUUCUGAGAUGAUGCAAUAUGAUACCGCCCUUAGUUGCUAUGAGAAGGCUGCACUAGAGAGACCCAUGUAUGCUGAAGCAUAUUGCAACAUGGGUGUCAUUUAUAAAAACCGUGGUGACUUGGAAUCAGCCAUUGCCUGUUAUGAGAGAUGUCUAGCUGUGUCUCCUAACUUUGAGAUUGCGAAAAACAAUAUGGCAAUUGCAUUGACAGAUUUGGGAACAAAGGUUAAGUUGGAGGGAGACAUUAACGAAGGUGUAGCAUAUUACAAGAAGGCUUUGUCUUAUAAUUGGCACUAUGCUGAUGCAAUGUAUAAUCUUGGGGUUGCUUAUGGUGAAAUGCUGAAGUUUGAUAUGGCAGUUGUUUACUAUGAACUCGCUUUCCACUUCAACCCCCAUUGUGCCGAAGCCUGUAACAACUUAGGAGUAAUAUACAAAGAUAGAGACAACCUUGAUAAAGCCGUAGAGUGUUAUCAAUUGGCUUUGUCAAUCAAACCAAACUUCUCUCAGUCAUUGAACAAUCUUGGUGUUGUCUACACAGUUCAGGGUAAAAUGGAUGCUGCUGCUAGCAUGAUCGAGAAAGCCAUCAUUGCCUGUCCCACAUAUGCCGAAGCAUAUAAUAAUUUAGGGGUUCUUUACAGAGAUGCUGGCAAUAUAUCCAUGGCUAUUACAGCUUAUGAGCAGUGCCUUAAGAUAGAUCCCGAUUCUCGUAAUGCAGGACAGAACCGACUGUUGGCAAUGAACUACAUAAGUGAAGGAGAUGAUAAACUUUUUGACGCUCACAGGGACUGGGGAAGGCGAUUUAUGAGGUUAUAUUCGCAAUACAAUUCAUGGGACAAUCCAAAAGAUCCGGAACGACCUCUAGUGAUUGGAUAUAUUUCUCCCGAUUAUUUCACUCAUUCCGUGUCUUAUUUCAUCGAAGCCCCUCUUAUUUAUCAUGACUAUCGGAACUACCAUGUGGUUGUUUAUUCUGCGGUAGUGAAGGCAGAUGCAAAAACUAUUAGAUUUAGAGAAAAAGUCUUGAAAAGGGGUGGGGUAUGGAGAGAUAUAUACGGUAUCGAUGAAAAGAAGGUUGCAAGCAUGGUUAGAGAUGAUAAAAUUGACAUCUUGGUAGAGCUUACUGGUCAUACAGCCAACAACAAAUUGGGAACAAUGGCAUGUCGACCUGCACCCAUCCAGGUAACUUGGAUUGGCUAUCCCAAUACUACCGGUUUGCCUACCAUUGAUUACCGAAUCACUGAUUCUUUCGCAGAUCCUCCCGAUACAAAGCAGAAGCAUGUUGAAGAGUUGGUUCGAUUACCGGAAUGCUUCCUUUGUUAUACCCCUUCACCUGAGGCUGGACCUGUAUCACCAACUCCUGCUCUUGCCAAUGGUUUUAUUACAUUUGGCAGCUUUAAUAAUCUGGCAAAGAUAACACCCAAGGUAUUGCAAGUUUGGGCAAGGAUAUUAUGUGCUGUUCCAAAUUCCCGUCUCGUGGUAAAAUGCAAGCCAUUUUGUUGUGACAGUGUUCGGCAGAAAUUUCUAUCAACAUUAGAGCAGCUCGGUUUAGAAUCGCUUCGUGUCGAUCUUCUCCCUCUAAUUCUUCUUAACCACGACCAUAUGCAAGCUUAUUCUCUUAUGGAUAUUAGUUUGGACACAUUUCCGUAUGCCGGAACAACGACAACAUGUGAAUCUCUAUACAUGGGAGUACCAUGCGUUACCAUGGCUGGUUCAGUACAUGCUCACAAUGUCGGUGUCAGUCUUCUCAGCAAAGUUGGGUUACAACAUCUAAUAGCUCGAAAUGAAGACGAAUACGUCCAGUUAGCACUAAAACUAGCUUCGGACAUCACUGCUCUCCAGAACCUAAGAACGAGUCUUCGAGACCUUAUGUCUAAAUCACCUGUCUGUGACGGACAAAACUUUAUCAGCGGUUUAGAGGCAACAUAUCGGAACAUAUGGCGAAGGUACUGCAAGGAUGAUGUCCCAUCUUUACGGUACAUGGAAACACUACAAAAACAAGAUAUACCAGACGAGUUAACUACUAAAACCUCUGACCCGGAAAAGAUCAGUGUCUCAGGCGACACUUUCCCGAGUACAGUCAAGUGUAAUGGAUUUAAUCAAGUCCCAUUGCCAAUUUCGAAUAACACUACUUCAGAAGAGAACGGUGAUGAAUCAAACCAAACUACAAAUUCAAGCAAGCCGAGCUGAUACCAAAAUUUCCGGUACUUAUAUGGCACUUUUCGGUGGUAUGCUAAACCCUGAAACAAAUUCGUUACCUUCGUGGGGGACAAACUAGUAUUCGUAUUAUUUUCUGGGAGAAAGUAAUGCCGGUGUAAGCUAGGUAAAACUAUGAUUUUAUGGUGGUCUCGUUUCAGAAGAAUAGCAGAUUGGGAAAAAAGAUGAUGCUAUGAGCUACUACCGAUAUCGAAAUCGAUUAGAAAUUUAGCCUUGGAUUGUAUAUUACGAGGAUGGUCAUUGUUUUUUGGUUUAGCAUCAUUGCAUGGCGUUUGAUUUUUACUGGUUUUUUGAUAUUUUGUAGUUUUUCAUGUAUUAAUGUCCAUCCUUUGAACUCAAAAUUUUAAUGAAUCAAAAACAAUCAAAUUUGAUUUGUCAUGUU